AUGGUUUCGGUGCGAGUGGUAAGGUACAGCAGCAGUGGGAGAAAAACCCACGAAUUCCAGACAGAUCAGAACGGGGAGGGACUUUUUCUUGAUCCAAGGUUUGUUUGUGAGAAUAUCAACGAGGAUAUCUGUAUUAGUGAUUGUAAUACGUGUGGAAACAGUAAAGUGGUCGUACUGAGCAAGGCUGGAAAUCUUCGGUUUACAUAUGACGGGAAGUGCGAAGCUGGGGCGUUAAAAUAUUUCUUUCAACCGCUUGCUGUAACUACCGACAGUCUGGGCCACAUCCUUAUCGCAGACAAGGCCAAUGAUGCCGUGCACUUGAUUAGCCAAGACGGGAUCUUCCUGUCUGUAAUACUGACAGAGAAUGAUGGGAUAUCAGUACUAUUCGAAUCUCUGUAG